AUGGAUCGAGGAACUGAAGACGGAUCUUCAAAAAGACAAAAUUCUUCCUUACAGAAUGGCAAUAGCGAGAUUGGAUUAGUUGAAGUCCAGAAACUUGAGUAUGGAACAAGAACAUUGCAGAAGAGUGUGCGCUUGAUUGUUAAUGACGCACCGGAUGUUAUUGAACUCGAAAGAAUUUCCAAUUCCAGUUCUACUGAUCCAAGCAUCAAGGCAGAACUUGAACAGAACAAGCUCCUUCAUUUAGCCUCUCAAUUAAAAACCAAGUAUAAAUUAGGCCAGCUCAAGAUCUUUGACGACAUAGCUGAGUCUCAUGUGGAAAUAUCUGAUGAGGAAAAGACCAAAUUGGAGGCCAUUUCGGAAUUGCCAGAAGAUAAAAUGCAGAUCGACAUCCCAUACCUCACACCUUCUGCACUGGUACUUUCCCACACUGGAUUGGACGGAACCAUGCCUCCAUUGCCAGUGAUCAAGGAUCCUCACUUAUACGAAAGAGUCUUCAUUCAUAAGUCCACCAUUAAUCUGAAAUCAUACUUGCAACAGCAUGAGCUAAUUAACUUGCAUAACGAAAGGUUGGAAUUUUUGGGUGAUUCCAUCUUGAACAAUUUGGCAACUUUAAUCAUUUACGAUAGAUUCCCUGGUGCCUCCGAAGGUGACUUGACCAAGAUUAGAUCACAUCUUAUUGAUAACAAAACCUUGAAAGAAUUUUCCUUCGAGUAUGGACUUAACAAGAAGUUAAGAACAAAUAUCAACGAAGAGAUCUUGAAACUGAGUGAUCAAAAGAUUUAUGCUGAUAUUUUUGAAGCUUAUGUUGGUGCGUUGGGUAUCGAGCGAGGAUUAGAUUUCGCUGAAAUCAAAGAUUGGUUAGCCAAGUUGUAUGAGAAGAAGCUCAGCGAGUUUGACAUUGAAUAUGAUAUCCAGCCUCUCAAUAAGGAAGCAAAAACUGAAUUAUACUCCGUCUUGGGAACUGCCCAGUUCCAUCCUACCUACCAUGUUAUUUCCAAAGGUGACGGAACCAAUCAACCAUUUGAGAUUGAAUGUAAAAUGGGCAAUGAUGUUUUAGGUUUUGGAACUGCAAGCAAUAUGAAAGACGCAGGAUUGAGAGCUGCCAUGACUGCGUUGAACAACAAGCCAAUGCUCGAAAAGUACCACAAGUUAAGAAUGGCUACAGACAGAAAAGAAUCGGUAAAAUUGACUAAGAAAGUAAAGGUCCCAGAGGAAGAGCCCGCAAAGCCAAAGCUUGUCAUGGUUAAUAGCUCGAUCUUUCCGGUCAAGGGCAACGAAGACGACCCCCUUGAUUCUGAUGCGAAGAAUAGAUUAUAUGCAGAAAUAGGUAAGAGAAUCGGAGAAGUUCCCCAGUAUGAGAUUGCUUCUAUCAACAACGGUGUUGCCGUGGUGGAAUUGAAGAUCAAAGGAGUUACAGUUGCAACUGCAACUGACAAGUCUAAGAAAAGGGCCAUGACGAGAGCUGCGAUGGCAUUAGUUAAUAAUCGAGAAGCUUUGGAAGAGUUGUGCAAGUAA